AAUAUUUUUUUAUUAGAAAAUGUAAUAAUGUCACGUCCAGUUGUAUUAUCAAAAGAGGUCGCUAAACCUUUGUCAGCGAUCGAAAGAGAGAAAAGAAAAAAUGAAGAACCAAAGAAACAAUCGAGAGAAGAAUGGCGGAAAAAGAAAGAACUUGAGGAGGCUCGGAAAUUAGGAAACGCUCCAGCAGAAGUCGAUGAAGAGGGAAAGGAUAUCAACCCUCACAUUCCGCAAUAUAUUUCUACAGUUCCUUGGUAUGUUGACCCCACACAGCGACCGUCAUUGAAACAUCAAAGAGUACAGCCAGAGACUGUGAAAGAAUUCAGUAAAAUUAAUGAUUGGUAUCUCCGUGGUGCGUCUACUAAAACUGUCGCGACAAAAUAUCGCAAAGGUGCAUGUGAAAAUUGUGGUGCCAUGACGCAUAAGAAGAAAGAUUGUCUAGAACGACCGAGAAAAAUUGGGGCUAAAUUCACAGGAAAUAUGAUAGCUCCAGAUGAACAUAUACAGCCAGAUUUAAAUAUGGAUUUUGACGGAAAACGGGAUCGAUGGAAUGGAUAUACCGCUGAACAACAUGAAGAUGUUAUUGAAGAAUAUGCAAAAAUUGAAGUUGCAAAACAAGCCCUAAAAGCUCAGAAGUUACAAGAAGAAUUAUUGAGCGGAAAAAUGUCGGAACAAUUGGACGAUAACGACGAUAAUCUGAGCGAUGAUGAUAAAUAUGCUGACGCAGCAGAUAUGCCUGGACAAAAUUUUGACAGUAAAAGGCGAAUUACUGUUCGUAAUUUACGUAUACGAGAGGACACUGCUAAAUAUUUGAGAAAUUUAGAUCCAAAUUCUGCAUACUAUGACCCCAAAACUAGGACAAUGAGAGAGAAUCCUUACGCUAAUCAAGGUAAAAAUGAAGAAGAGCUCGAUUUUGCUGGAGAUAAUUUUGUACGAGUAACUGGCGAUACACAAAAAAUGGCUUCAAUGCAAAUGUUUGCCUGGGAAGCAGCUGAAAAGGGGUCUGGUGUUCAUUUACAAGCUGACCCAACUCGAUUAGAGAUGCUGCAAAGAACAUAUAAAGUGCGGAAAGAGGAUUUCAAAAACGACCAAAGAGAUUCAAUUCUUGAUAAGUACGGCGGUGUGGAACAUUUAGAUGCUCCACCGAAAGAACUAUUGCAUGCUCAAACAGAAGACUAUGUGGAGUAUUCAAGACAUGGAACUGUUAUAAAAGGACUUGAAAAAGCAAAAGCAAAGUCUAAAUAUAUUGAAGAUGUUUACUUGAACAACCACACAUCUGUUUGGGGUUCUUAUUGGAAGGAAGGGCAAUGGGGAUUCCAGUGUUGCCAUUCAACUAUUAAACAAUCAUAUUGUACUGGGAAUACUCUCAAAGAAGAUACAAACGAGAUGCCUGAAAAGAAACAAAAUCGUAUGGAAGCCUUGCAGGAAAAGCAUUCUGCUUGGACGAAAGCUCUAGGUUUGGAAAACAUCAAGACAGUAGAUGAGGCACCACAAUUGGAAGAAAUCACGGAGAUACAAAAUGAUGAAAUUGAAAAAGAGACUGAAACUAAGUCAUUGUUACAACAGCACAGAGAAAAAUUAGAAAAAGGGAAAGAAAAGAAAAGCAAAAAGAGAAAGAAAAAAAAAUCAAAGAAACGGAAAAAGAAAAAAGUGGAAAGCAGUUCAAGCAGUUCGUCGAGUGAAGAGACUUCAUCAUCGUCAGAUUCUGAUGAGCCGUCAGAGAAAAGACAACGAAAGAAAAUGAUUCACGAAGCGGAGAAGGAUAAAGAACGUGCGAUUAAAAAAGCGAUUAAGAUAGAAAAAAGUAGACAAAAGAAAGUUGAUGAAUUGAUGAGACUUGAUGAACGUAAACGUCCGUAUAAUAGCAUGGUCGAGGUACAAGAACCAACACAAGAAGAAUUGGAAGCUUACCAUAGGACUAAGAAAAAUAUGGAAGACCCAAUGGCUAAAUUUAUUUAGGUUAUAAAUGUGAGUGCAGCACACAAUUGGGCAAAUUGGCAAUGUAAUGGCGUACAUCCUCUCCAUGUAAAUUCCAUACUUGUUACAAAUUAGAGGGUUCAAACCAAAAGGACAAAACCUCAAAUAAACUGUUCGGUGAAUUUGGGGAAAAUACACAUAUUUUUAUUUUGAAUUCUGUUUUUAAUCGAAAUACUUUGGUGAAUAUCGCUUCAAACUGUAAUUAGUAAACCAGAUGGAAAUACAUCUAUUUCUUUGUAAAAUAUCAAAUGAAAGUUUUUCAAAACUUUAGGAGUUGCACUUUUGCCUUGAAACGGCCUAAUUUGUGCAUCAGUUUUGACAUCUACGGUAAAUAUCAUUGAAUACUGAAUUUCUGAAUUUUAUCAAAAGUUGAAAGUUUGCUCAAAACAAGGUCAUGUGUACUCACUCAAAAGUAAAAAAUGAUGGUUCAUAGGAAAUUGAAAUGAAACAUGAGUAUACUUUAUUAGGGCGUUUUUUAGAUAAAACUCCACUGAAUUAUACUAAUUCAAUAAUUUACUAUUUCGAAUGUUCGAUUUGUUUCAGACAUCCUUAUAUGUGUAGGCCUAACUAUGUAUAAUUGUAUCUCUUUAAUGUGUUAAAUUAGAUUCGCCAUUCCUGUUAUAAAGCAUGACCAUUUAUUCUGAUGUGAGUAUAUAUUCUGGCUUUAUUCAAUGGAUUGUAUUGUUCUGUAAAAACUCAUUCUCUUCUGUCUUGUUGUAAAUAUUAUCCAAUAUGUUUUCAAUGGACGAAUGUGAAAUCUUUAACAAUAUUAGAGGCAGUAGCCAGUAGUCCUAAAUCUUCCAUGAUCCUUGGAUCCAUUUCAAAGACUCGAAACACUCCAUAUCAACAACCCUCAGAAAAAACAAUGCUGUGUCCCUGUACAGGGGCUGAUGGUUCAUGUUGAGAAACCCUGAUUUAGGCUUGUGUUUGGGAAUUUGGAAACAUAUUUCUAAUCAUGGCGGAAAAGACCCCCCCCGCAGACCACACCUACCCCCACCCUUACAUUAAAUUUCCUGUCCCAAGUGGGGAUUUCAAUUUGUUCGAGAUAUGUAAAAUUGUUUGUUGAGAGAAGUGAUAAACUAACCGUGCUUUUACACAUAAUUACCACUCAAGGUUCGCUAUGAAAAGAGAGUAUUGUGCGAUUGCAAUUUUUUUUAGCUCAGUCAUCCAGCUGGCCUCCUGGCAAGUUUUCUGUGAAAAUAUUCCUAAUUUUCAAAAACUUGUUUUAUUAUCUUGAUUAUGUAAUUAGUUUCAAAUUGCUUGUGUACUGAAAUUAAAUUGACCUACAAACUA